UGUAACCUAAUUUUUAGUAGACUGAUUAGACUGAAAGUUUUUAUUAUUUAAAUAAUUUUUUGGUGUAUAUUACUUAAAUAUUACAAUGCUGUUGGUCUUCCACUGUAAUAUCUAGAGACAUGGCAAACAGUCUCGGUCCCGUAAUAGACUGGACAGAAGACGACACCAAAAGUUAUUUAGAGAAACAGGGGCUCGAACACUCAAGCAUCCACUAUCUUUGUUUCGAAAAUAGAUUAAACGGAAAAUGUAUCCUGGCUCUAAACGAUGCCGAUUUCGGUCUAAAUCCCAUCAAUAAUUUAAAACUCAGAGACAGAAAACUUUUUUACAUCGUAACCAAGCAUCUUCAGAAGGAAAAUCAAGAGACACUUUUUGAAUUGGGUUUGAUAAAGCAUUCAAACGCUCCGACUAUAUACAAUAACCAUAUUAGCCAUCCACAUCCUUGUAUUAAACAGGAGAGUGAGUACGGAGACUCAGAGCAUAAUAUUUCACCAACAGUUUCUGAAGAUGGAAGACCCAGAUUACCUCCAGAAAGGACUAAAGCUCUUUUGAGCUUUUGUUAUGUGGUAGCAGUCACUUGGGUAACCGCGUUUGUAAUGGUUAUUGUCCAUGAUCGAGUACCUGACAUGAAAAAAUAUCCUCCGCUUCCAGAUAUUUUUCUAGAUAACGUACCUCACAUUCCAUGGGCUUUCGAUAUGUGUGAAGUUACCGGCACUUUAAUGUUCACUAUAUGGCUAAUGGUUUUAUUAUUUCAUAAACACCGAUUUAUUCUAAUGAGAAGAUUUUUUGCCCUCUCGGGAACUGUAUUUCUUCUCAGAUGUAUUACCAUGUUGAUAACGUCGCUCAGUGUUCCAGGGGCUCAUUUGCAGUGUCAGCCUAGAAAUUAUUCCACCAACGGUGCUUCCUCCUUCGAUGACUUGGCCAAAAAACUUUCGCAAGCCUAUAUUAUAUGGAGAGGCGCGGGAAUGUCGAUACAGGGUGUAAGAACGUGUGGUGAUUAUAUGUUUAGCGGACACACUGUAGCUUUAACUAUGUUGAACUUCUUCAUAACCGAAUAUACACCAAGAUAUAUCUAUUAUCUGCACACGAUGUCGUGGAUGAUGAAUAUGUUUGGGAUAUUUUUCAUAUUAGCUGCUCAUGAACACUACUCCAUUGACGUUUUCGUGGCGUUUUACAUAACCAGUCGUUUAUUUCUGUACUAUCACACCCUGUCCAACAAUCAGGCUUUAAUGCAAAGGGACUCGACAAGGACGAGAGUUUGGUUUCCGUUGUUUUCGUAUUUCGAAUCGGGAGUGGAAGGCAUCGUGCCCAACGAGUACGACACGCCCGCAGAGGUCGCGAAAAACUUCACGUGUUUCGUCAAAGAAUUCUGUUGCGACCUUCUAAAAUUCAUCGUUUUUUUAUUUAAAAAGGACGAGCCACAGAGUUCGAGUAGCAGAAAUACCGUCGGUAGCAAUAACGCGAUUUUAGCCAAGAAAAAUAAAUAAAUAAUUGUCAUUGUUAUACAGGAUGGUCCGAAUUGUAUUCGGGAACUUCGGCAGCAUUUAUUCUGCCGAUAAAAAUAAAGUAAAAAAGUUCUAUUAUAACUCAAACAAAGAACUUUUUCACUUGUCGAAGUUUCCCUCAUACCAUUCGGACUACCCUGUAUAUUAUGUGUAUAGUAGUGUAUUUAAAUUAUUUAUUUUUUAUAUUCAAUGUCAAUAAAAUGAUAUAAAAGUCGAGUCAAGUAACUUAAGUGAAAUAAGUUUUUAUAGUAUUAUAGAGGGUGUUCCUUAAUGGCAUGCUAGUAUUUGAGGAGGUGAUUCUUGAUCUAUUCUAAGUGAUAAACCUCAUAUGAAUUAUGUCCUAAACAUCAUAAUUCCUGAGAUACGGGGUGGUAAAAUUUUCUAAUUUUAUAUAGAUAUAUUUAUUAUAGAUAUCUUUAUGAAACUUGAUACACGUCUUCUAUGCAUCAAAAUAACUUUUUUGAUGUACAAAAGAUUUUAUUUAUUUCAACCAGUGCCGUCCGUACGAGUUUUACAUUGAAUUUUUGGAGAAAAAAGUGGUACACCACUGACUUCUCUUAAAAUAAAAAUUAUUUUCAAAAUCACCGUUCAUUUCUAAACAUUUUCUAUCUCGUUAUUUUCUGCAUAGUUUUUGCUUAAAAAAAAUUAGUCAAUUUACUUCAGGGUCAAAUCGCUGAAAAUCUGAUGCGGUGACAAAAAACGUGCUUUUAGGCUAUAAUAUAUAUAUAAUAAAAAGAAUCAAUCUCUUAAAUAUUAGCAAGCUAUUAAAGAACACCCAGUAUAAUUAUAGUGACGGGUUAGAUAUUUUUCAUAUAAUCUGUUUAAAAACUUUCUGGAAAAUCAAUAAAAAAAAACUUUGAAAAUAAUUUAUUAAAAAAAUAUUUGCUAAGUAAUGUUUUUUUGUUAAAUAAUUUUUUUUUAGUUAAAAAUCUGGACUAUUUUCAUUCUAUUUUUUUAACCUGUUAUUAUAAUAUAUUUGACUGUUAACGUCCUGAUUUCAUAUCAUUUUUUUUAGUUCAAUGCAAACAUAGCUUUAUAGUGUUUUCUUGUGAUCUAGUAAUCUUAGUUAUUUAUUUAAUCUUAAAAAAUAUUUAUUUCAAGUUGUUUGUUAUUACAGAGAAAUCAUUCCUUUGGUAUAUAUCAGUGAUAUUUUUUUAUACAUAUAUAUAAAAAAUUAUAUCUCUAGAAAAUAAUUUUAUACGAGUAUAUGAAAUAAAACGAUCAAAAA